AAGUGAUCAUAAUAAGAUCCAUGGAAUACACGUAAACCUGAUAAAAGACUCAGGGGUGUAGUGCUAGGGGGCUCAGGGGGCUGAGUAAAUUGUGCAAUAGCCCCUCUUGUUAUUUUGCGCAACAUUUUGUGCAAUAGCCCCUCUUGUUAUUUUGGUAGCACUGUAAGUUCUGAGUUUUCUCAACAAACAGGCACAAAAUCAGGAUUUGCUUGAGUUUUUCUCGCUUGGACGCCCUAUGACCAAAGAUCAUGUGGUGAUCGCAGAUUGGUUUUAUUUACCUUUCACGGUUUUUCGUCUAGGAAGUAUUUGUUUGUCGGGCAACGUUAGCUAUGACAAUUUAAGUUGUGCUGUAGUGUUUUGAUUCGAUGAAGCACCAAUCCACCACCAAAGUUCCACCUACAUCUGGUUUUCACUUGCAUUCCAUCGAUGGCUUCCUAAUUGAAUGAACUGAAAUUGACGCCCUCCUGCAAAUUGAUGAUGGCCUCUCCCAAUUCACUCUCUAGCUCUGGAGUCACUCUAGGGCAGUUUUUGAUGGUUGAAGAUAUAAACCAAGCGGGAAUUAUCGCGUACAAUCUUCGGCACUUGGAUCAUCAUGAUGUUAUUAUGGUAAGGAAAAUUUUGGAAGAAAACUGGGAAGACGAAGAACAAAUGGUCUCGAACCUACUCCAGUAUCCCCAUUUGAUUCCAGAAGACAUUCGCAUACAGAGUUUGAAAAGGGGGCUUCAUGAUGUGGAGAGCCCCUAUUAUAUCCUGUCAUCAUCCGUGGGCUUACAACGUAUUCAGUUGUGCGAUGGCGACUGGGAGCAAGUUGUCGAAGGACUAAAGAAAGCUUGUCUUCACGAAACUGGCGUUGUUUCGAUGAGAGCUUUCAUGACUUUACAGCCUAAACUCGAAUAUCCAAGAGAUCUGGAAUUUAUAAUUGAUAUUUUAAGACAGCCCAAGUCUGCCUUAUUUCAAAAUACUCUGAUAUGGUUAACCAUAAAGGCGAACGAGAAAAGUGAAAUUUUAAAGAUUAUCGAUACGGCUGGAGUUGUUGGGAAGGCGAAAAAUAAAGCUGAAAAAAUUAUCGAAGAACAAUUGAAAUCAAAGGGUUCUGAUGGCGGACAGAAUUUAUCCUUGCAGUUUCUCAACUAUAUUCCCAAUUUGAAUGACUUUGAGUCGAUGCUUGACAAGCAGGAAGCGCUUUCGGAUUUUUUUGUGGACUUAGACCAAGAUAAAGAUGGCAAGGUUUCCUUGAAGGAUGUCCAAAACUUUCUAGAAGAUAUUGGAAAGAAGAUUUCAAUAGAGGAGAUUAAAAAGGAUUUGAAUUCUGUAGAUAUAGAUUUAUGUGACAGCCUUGACAAGGAUACUUUCAUAGAGUUUAUGUUCCCUCGUUUCCAGAUGCGGUGAAUGGUACUGCAAGCGAGGUUAGUCCGAACUGUACUGUAGUCUGACCCGCAAUUUUUCAUGGAUUAACAGCGAAAGUGCCAAUGUCAUGCUGCCUAAUGCGGCGGACAAGUGCGACGCUUUGAAAUUUAGAAAAUAACAGCACAAAGAUAGUAUAAAGCAUUUUUUUAUAUAUCCUGAAAUUCUUGAAUAGAUA